AUGGAGGUCGACAGCGAUGCGAAUUCGAGGUUCGCCGACGGGACUCGCAAUUUUGUGGCCUGGUUCCAAACGCUCCCUGGAGCCACUUUCCGCUCAGAUCUGAUCGCGGUGGAGGACUUGAGGGGACGGAAUGCUGGUCGAGGAAUUAUUGCCAAACAAGACAUCCCAGCAGACACGGUGCUGUUCACCAUCCCCCGAACCGCCAUCAUCUGCACCGCAACCUCAGCCCUUAAAGACAAGAUCCCCGGUAUAUUCGACCUCGACAAUGACGACGCCGGGAAAUCCGACUCCGGGGACGGCGGCGACGGCGAGGCAACCUCCUCAUCACAGGACUCCUGGACACUCCUAAUCCUCGCCAUGAUCUACGAGCACCAACAGGGCGACGCCUCACCGUGGAAGCCCUACCUGGACGUGCUCCCCGCCGCCUUCGACACGCCCAUGUUCUGGUCGCCCGCCGAGCUGUCACAGCUCCAGGCCAGCGCGCUGGUCGCCAAGGUCGGCAAGGCCGAGGCCGACCGCAUGAUCCAGGCCAAGAUCGUCUCGGUCGUGCGCGCCCACAACGACGUCUUCUUCCCCCCCGGCAGCGCCCACCUCGACGACGCCCAGCUGCUGCAGCUCGCGCACCGCAUGGGCAGCACCAUCAUGGCGUAUGCCUUCGACCUGGAGAAGGACGAGGCGGACGAUGGCGGGGAAGGGGAGGAGGACGAGGGGUGGGUGGAGGACCGGGAGGGCAAGACGAUGCUGGGGAUGGUGCCGAUGGCGGACAUAUUGAACGCGGACGCGUCCUUCAACGCGCACAUCAACCACGGCGGAGAUGCGCUCACGGCCACGGCGCUGCGGCCGAUCCGCGCGGGCGAGGAGGUGCUCAACUACUACGGCCCGCUGGCCAACGGCGAGCUGCUGCGGCGGUACGGCUACGUGACGCCCGCGCAUGCCCGCUAUGAUGUGGUUGAGCUGCCGUGGGCGCUGGUCGAGAGUGAGUUGAGGGAUAGGGUUGGUGGUCGCAUGGGCAAGGAGGGGUGGGAGGAGGUGAGACAGCUCGCGGAGAAGGAUGAGGAGUUCGAGGAGAGUUUUGUGUUGGAGCGGUCGAGCGAGGACCCGGACUCGACGGGGGAGUUGGGUAGCGACGCAGUCUUCACUGGUCUGCCGGACGAGCUGGGGGAGCAGUUCAAGACGUUCCUUAAGGCCAUGAAGAAGGUUGGCAACGUCGAGCUUGCUGUGCAGGCCCUGUCGGACAAGGAUACGCGCAAGGACUUGUACUUGCGGACCGUCCUCCGCGCUCUUCAUGCUAGGGAGCAACAGUACGCCACGUCGCUCGAAGAAGACGAGCGACUUGCGGGUGCGAGUCAGCCGUCUGGGCGGGAGAGAAUGGCCUUGUGGGUGAGGAGAGGCGAAAAACAGGUCUUGCGGGAGGCUCAGGCAUGGGUACAGCAGGCUAUUAAUGAGCUGCAGGCUCAGGCUUCGACGAGGACGCGUGAGGACGACGGCCCAGCUGCGAAGAGGCGGCGGAUGUGA